AUGUCGAACUACAGCCCCGCGUACCCGACCAACGUGCAGGUCGACGCCGGCGUCAAGGAGUUCAUCACCAAGUUCUACGGGGUGUCGGACACGCCGGGCAAGAACCAGGAGUGGCUCGACUUCUUCCGCGACGACGCGACGCUCGUGAUGGCGCUGCAGGAGGCGUCGGGGAAGACGGACAUCCUCAAGGUGCGCGAGGGCAUGUGGGAGAAGGUGCAGGCCCGCAGGCACACGGUGUACCAGGUUUUCCCGGCGGAAUUCGGCGGGGCCAACGAGGAGGGAAGCGGCGGCGGCGAGGAGGAGGUUGAGCUCAUGCUGUACGGGGAUGUCGUCUACAGGCUUAAGGGCAGCGCGGAUGGGGAGGAGACCAAGGUGGACUGGGCCGGGCGCGCAAGGCUGAGGCGGGCGGCUGGGAAUGGCGAGUGGAAGUUUGCAUACUAUCGUGUCUACCUCCAGAGGUGA